ACUCCAGCUUCAUUUUACACUUGAAAAAUACUGUUCAAAUCGCAAGCAAACUUUGUCUUGAUUGCGAUCAUUCAAUAAUAUUUUUUUCAAAAUGAAAACUGCUCUGAUUUUACUCGUGGUCAUGGUCGCUUUUGCAGCGGCUAGGACUCUGAACGACAAACAAGCUGUCGACAAGGGCUUCCUUCUUCCAUGUGGAAGACAUAACGUUGGCAAAACAUACACGUACCCCUUCAGCCCUAGCAAAUAUUUCGAAUGCACUCAGAAAGGUUUGGAGCUGAGAAAAUGUGGCCAUGGAACAUGGUACAGUUCUGACGCCAAGGCAUGUAUUAGGAACGAGGAUUCCGGCGAAUGUGAUCCAAUUUCUGAGUCGGAAGAGCCUUCCGAAUCUGUCGAAGUUGAACCGACCGAGCCAGCACCAGAAAGUGAGGAAUCCGUUGAAAUCGAACCUACUGAGCCAGCACCAGAAAGUGAGGAAUCCGUCGAAAUUGAACCGACCGAGCCUGCCCCAGAAAGCUCAGAAUCCGUCGAAGUUGAACCAACCGAGCCUGCCCCAGAAAGCUCAGAAUCCGUCGAAGUUGAACCAACUGAACCUGCCCCAGAAAGUUCAGAAUCUGUCGAAAUUGAACCAACCGAUCCUCCUGCAUCAUCAUCAUCCGAAGAAGUUUCCGAACCUUGCAAGAUUGAGUGUGCUUAUCAUGGAGAAUAUCUCGUGAACCCAGCCAGCUGCAAUUCCUUCUACCAGUGCUCUUGGGGAGUCGCAUACCUUCACCAGUGCCCCAAUGAAACAGUUGAUGGAAGCAAACAGCUCGUGUUUGACCCAAACCUUGAUGUUUGUGUUUGGUCCAAGGACUACGAAUGUACCGGAGAACCCGGAUGCCAACAACCAGAACCCGAACCAGAAUGCCCAGCUGUCGUAUGCGAGACCCUCGGACAGUACAUUCCAAACCCUGCUGACUGCCACUCCUUCUACCAAUGCUCCUGGGGAGCGGGCGAGACUCUCUUCCCGUACUAUCACAAUUGCCCCUUGGAAACGGAUACUACGCGACUCGUCUUCGACCCGACUCUCAACGUUUGUAACUGGUCAUCGGAAGUAGAGUGCAAAACCUCUUGCUAAGCAAUCUAUCCAAUUCUCACAUUAAGUUACAAAUACCUCAUUUUUCACCUCUCUGAUUUAUUUUUUCUUCCAACUCUGUCUACAUCACUCAUGCUGUCAUCUCUUAAAUACUUUUCAAUAAACUUUUCACUUGCAAACUACA